AGACGGUUCUGGAAGCUGAGUUUCUCGAACAGUCUGAAGGGCAGUAUAAAACCGGGCAGUAGCCUAUAGUGCACCAAAAUCUAUGCACUGAACACUUGUCAUUGUUGACAGCGUAUGAGAGCAACCUUAUCUCGGCUUGGCAGGACUUCUGCAGAGGGUGACGAGACGAGAGCAACAACUUGAAAGAAUCAGUAGUUCUUUAGCAGCUGUUUAAGGGAACAAAUUCAGAUGCCUGAACCACAAGAUCAGACCAUGGAAGAAGAGGCAGAGACCUUUGCCUUCCAGGCAGAAAUUGCCCAGCUGAUGUCCUUGAUCAUCAACACUUUCUACUCAAAUAAAGAAAUCUUCCUCAGGGAAUUAAUCUCUAACUCCUCAGAUGCUCUGGACAAAAUCCGCUAUGAAAGUCUUACAGAACCAAGCAAGUUGGACUCUGGUAAAGAACUCAAGAUUGAUAUCAUUCCCAACAAAGAGGAUCGCACCAUCACUCUCAUCGACACUGGCAUCGGUAUGACCAAGGCUGACCUCAUCAACAACCUGGGUACCAUUGCCAAGUCUGGCACCAAGGCCUUCAUGGAGGCUCUGCAGGCUGGAGCCGACAUCUCCAUGAUCGGGCAGUUUGGUGUGGGUUUCUACUCCGCUUACCUGGUGGCAGAGAAGGUGACGGUCAUCACCAAACACCACGAUGAUGAGCAGUAUGUCUGGGAGUCUUCCGCUGGAGGCUCCUUCACUGUCAAAGUCGAUACAGACGAGCCAAUGGGCCGUGGCACUAAGGUGAUCCUACACCUGAAGGAGGACCAGGCAGAGUACUUGGAGGAACGACGACUUAAAGAGAUUGUCAAGAAGCACUCACAGUUCAUUGGCUACCCUAUUACCCUUUUUGUGGAGAAGGAGCGUGACAAGGAAGUGAGUGACGAUGAAGCGGAGGAGGAGGAGAAAGAGAAGAAGGAGAAGAAGGAAGGAGAGGAGGAAGAGAAAGACGCAGACAAGCCCGAGAUAGAGGACGUGGGCUCAGACGAGGAGGAAGACCACGACCACCACGGCCACGACCACGACCACGACCAGUGCGGGGACAAAAAGAAGAAGAAGAAGAAGAUCAAGGAGAAGUACAUCGACCAGGAGGAGCUGAACAAGACCAAGCCUCUCUGGACCCGUAACCCUGAGGACAUCACCAACGAGGAGUAUGGGGAGUUCUACAAGAGCCUUACAAACGACUGGGAGGACCACCUGGCUGUCAAGCACUUCUCGGUGGAAGGUCAGCUAGAGUUCCGUGCCCUCCUCUUUGUGCCCCGCCGUGCGCCCUUUGACCUCUUUGAGAACAAGAAGAAGAAGAACAAUAUCAAGCUCUAUGUGCGCAGAGUCUUCAUCAUGGACAACUGUGAUGAGGUUAUCCCAGAGUACCUCAACUUUAUCCGUGGUGUGGUGGACUCUGAGGAUCUUCCCCUGAACAUCUCCAGAGAGAUGCUUCAGCAGAGCAAGAUCCUGAAGGUCAUCCGCAAAAACCUGGUCAAGAAGUGCCUGGAACUCUUUGCUGAACUGGCCGAGGACAAGGACAACUACAAGAAGUACUACGAGCAGUUCUCCAAGAACAUCAAGUUGGGCAUCCACGAAGACUCCCAGAAUAGGAAGAAGCUCUCUGAGCUGCUGCGUUACUACACUUCGGCCACCGGGGACGAGAUGGUGUCCCUAAAAGACUACGUCACGCGCAUGAAGGACACACAGAAGCACAUCUACUACAUCACUGGUGAGACGAAGGACCAGGUGGCCAACUCCGCCUUUGUGGAGCGCCUGCGUAAGGCUGGCCUGGAGGUCAUCUACAUGAUCGAGCCCAUCGAUGAGUACUGCGUCCAGCAGCUGAAGGAGUUUGAGGGCAAGAACCUGGUGUCUGUGACCAAGGAGGGCCUGGAGCUGCCCGAGGACGACGAGCAGAAGAAGAAACAGGAAGAGAAGAAGUCUCAGUUUGAAAACCUGUGCAAGAUCAUGAAGGACAUCCUGGAGAAGAAGGUGGAAAAGGUAACAGUGUCCAACCGCCUGGUGUCCUCCCCCUGCUGCAUUGUGACCAGCACGUAUGGCUGGACGGCCAACAUGGAGAGGAUCAUGAAGGCCCAGGCUCUGAGGGACAACUCCACCAUGGGCUACAUGGCCGCCAAGAAGCACCUGGAGGUCAACCCCGACCACCCCAUCGUCGAGACGCUCAGGAAGAAGGCCGAGGCUGACAAGAAUGACAAAUCAGUGAAGGACCUGGUGAUCCUGCUGUUCGAGACUGCCCUGCUGUCCUCUGGGUUCACCCUGGAUGACCCCCAGACACACUCCAAUCGCAUCUACAGGAUGAUCAAACUGGGCUUAGGCAUCGAUGAGGAUGACCUGUCCACAGAGGACACCAGUCCUGCUCCCAUAGAGGACAUGCCGCCUCUGGAGGGUGACGACGACACAUCCCGAAUGGAGGAAGUAGAUUAAAGCCACAGCCUGGAGUCUGCUGGGCAGGAUACUUCCACUUCAGCGCUGUAAAUGGUUGUAGGAUUUGAUGUUGAAAUGAUUCCUGGAAUGUCUUUCCCUAGACACCCCCAUACACACACACACACACACACACA